AAAGAAGACAGGCAUAUGUGAGAAGAAGCAAUCAGAAGAUUGGCAGGAUUUAGGAAUCUAUUUGAAAUAUUCAUUACCUAUUUUGAAUUGGUCUUAAAAAUUUAAAGGAAUGUGAAGCUGGAUAAUUAAAGAUUAAAAAAAGAAAGAAUACAAGGUUUCUAUGCUAUGAAGCAACUGAGAUUAUUAUGACUUUGGGGCAGUGAAUUUGUUUCUAGAAGUUUUGUUGGAACUAAGGCAAAAAGGAAGAAAAACAAAUGACUUUGGAAUGAAAAACUUUAAGGACUUGGAGCUCACACUUUAAAAAAGAAGAUCAUUCUAACUGCCCCUCAUGACUACUGAAGAGGCUAUGCCUGAAAAAGCAAAAUGUCCUACAUUAGAGAUCAUCAAGCAAGACUUUUAUCAAGAAGCAAAAACUCUCAUUGCCCAACAUUAUGAGAAAAUAAAUGAUAAUAAAGUUCAAGGUACUUCUAUAAAUGUUUUUAGAAAGAAACACCAAAAACCGAAAUCUGGCAAAUAUAUACCUUUGGAGAUUGACAAAAAGGAAACACGUGAUGUGGUGCAAGAACAUCGGGCAGCACUCAGAAGGAUUUGCUUUCCCAAGGAGCUUUCCAAAAGUGAACAUCUUCAGGAACCCCCACAACGAAUCUCCUUCAAGGAACCACACAUUUUUAGUAGAAGAGAAAGAUGCAGGCCCAUAGAUCUAAUUACAAAAGGACAAGUUAAAUUGGAUAAAAUCAUGACUAUUAUUGAACCAAUGAGUAAAAAAAUGGAGACAGCAAAGCAACAGCACUUUGAGGAGUCCAGAAACAGAAUGUUGGAAUUAUUCUAUCCCUUUCCUGUCCAUCUUUACUUACAACCUGGGACCUCUACCUUGGAACUUCUGAAAGAACCUGACAAAGCAUUCUAUGACUGGAGAGGAUUUGUGCCGACAAGGUCUUUCCGUUUAGCUUGUGACUCUGGUCGAGUUAGUUUCUCUCAAUCAUCAUCAAUAUUUCGGGAUUCUUAUUCUAAAACCUUUAAAACCUUUAUUAAAAGGGAGCGACAACCUAUCAAGCCAGAACCAAAAUCACAGCCCAGGAUAAAAGGUACUCCAAAUAAAACUGAUAAACUUGACAGUAAAGUUAAAAGAAUUGGACCACACAUAGAAAUCUUCCAAGUGUUCCGAGAAAGAAAAAAAUUCGUGAUUACCCCAAAAUUGAUUAGAAUGGUCACCAUCAUGCAGGCACAUGUCAGGGGAUGGCUUGAACGGAAAAGAUUGCAAAGAGUAAUGACCAAGGCUUUGGAUCAUGGACCAGAUAUGAAAGCAGUUAUUAACACGUAUGGCAGACUAAUCCACCGUGUUAGAUAUCGACAUGGUCUUUGGAGGACAAGACAAAUUGUCAACUUAGCAGAGCUAGAGGAAUGGAUGGACCGAAAAAAAUUCUAUGAAAUAAUGUUUGCUAAGAGGGAAGAUUGGUCAAAAAUUGAAAGAAGUGAGCUCCCCAGUUUCUUCAGUGACUGUGGUCAUUUCCCAUCUCAGAAACAAAUUGAUGAUACUUGGGACCUGGUCCAUCAAGAUGGCAAAGAAAAAUAUUCUGAACUAAUCAAAAAGUCCAAAGCAAUUGAAAUGUUAUUUACACUCUAUCCUCCUGAAGGUGCACACGUGCCUGACAGUACACUACUCAAGUCAACUUGGUUGAGACCCAUAGUAAAUGGGGAAGAAGGUUAUAGAUAUAUAGUAAAUGGACAUCCAGCACUCAAACGAGCUAACAUCCAGGUUGUUGGAAAGUUGGUGGCCAGAUCCAUAAAAGAAAGGAAAAUGAGACAACAUUAUAAGUCAUGUAAAGUUGAAUGAUGUUUCCAACAUAUUAUUACCUGUAAUAGUUAAACUUCUCUACCCAAAGAGACAAAUUAACACUGCAGGUGGAUCAAUUCUGUAUGAGUAGGAAGAAAGGAUAAAAAUCUUUGAAUACACAAAGAACUUUGACAAGUUUAUCUAUAAUUUCUAGUAUUUUUGGACAAACACCAUUCAUUUGAUCUCCUUCAUAAAAAAAUCUGUUUUAUCAUAAUGAAGUGAACCUGCAUAGUGUCAAGUA